AGAAUUUCCAAGAAAAGGCCUUUCACUCUUUGAAUACGAAGCUAUUGGAAUGAAGUGAACUUAAAACCAAUGCUUUAGGAAGAAAUUUGAUUCCCCAGUCGUACUUUGAAAAAUUACAGGGGGUGGUGGGGAGCUGCUGAUCCCAAGCUGUGGUAAGCAGUGAAAGCAGGCAUCCCUUCAAGUCAAAAGUCGACCCAACAACAUACACAAACAGAACUUUGAUACUUUGGCAGCAACACCAUACCCAAACACAAGAUAAAAGCGGGAACCUUAACUGCCUACCGUCAGAUCACUCUUCAUGGCUUGCACCACUUCGAUUCGUCCUCUUUUCUCUUUCAAUCUCACACACUUUCACCGACCUAAGAAGCCAAAGCGUUUCAUCAUCAAUUCUCAUACUAAUCUUAACCCAUCUCUAAAGCAUUUCUCUUAUUUCAAGACCAAAAAUGUCGUAUCUUCAAUUCCACUGUUGCUCUCGUCUUCAACCAAACCAACUGUCAGGGUUGGAGCUCAGGGAGAGCAUGUUACUGGAGGAGAUGGUGAGUCUCCUUUAUCUGACGCUACAUAUCAAGAAGACUUUUCUUGGUCUUCUGUGAUUUUGCCGUUUCUGUUCCCUGCUUUGGGAGGAUUGUUAUUUGGGUAUGACAUUGGUGCCACCUCAGGUGCUACCAUCUCGUUGCAGUCAGCUGAGCUUAGUGGCACGACUUGGUUCAACCUCUCAGCUGUUCAGCUUGGUCUUGUGGUUAGUGGUUCCCUUUAUGGAGCUCUUUUUGGAUCCAUCCUUGUCUAUCCAAUUGCAGAUUUCCUUGGAAGGAGGCGUGAGCUUAUCACAGCUGCUGUACUAUAUGUGCUUGGUGCUCUAAUCACAGCCUAUGCUCCAGGACUUGGUGUUCUCUUAGCAGGGCGGCUGCUCUAUGGUCUUGGCAUUGGAAUGGCCAUGCAUGGGGCUCCUCUUUACAUUGCAGAAACUUGCCCAUCUCAGAUUCGUGGAACUCUAAUAUCUCUAAAGGAGCUCUUCAUAGUUUUGGGAAUUUUGUCAGGUUAUUUUGUGGGAAGCUUCCAAAUUAAUGAAGUUGGGGGUUGGCGCUACAUGUAUGGGCUUAGUGCCCCUAUUGCUUUAUUAAUGGGACUAGGCAUGUGGAGUCUUCCACCUUCUCCUCGCUGGUUACUUCUCAGGGCAUUUCAAGGAAAAGGAUCCUUGCAAGAAUACAAAGAGAAGGCCAUGGUUUCCCUAAGCAAACUAAGGGGCAGGCCUCCUGGUGACAAAAUAUCUGAAAGGCAAAUAGAAGAUACCCUUUUAUCAGUUAAGUCUGCCUAUAAUGAGGAGAAAUCUGAAGGAAGCUUAUUGGAAGUAUUUCAGGGACCAAGUUUGAAAGCGUUUAUAAUUGGUGGAGGUUUGGUCCUUUUUCAACAGAUAACUGGACAACCAAGUGUUUUGUAUUAUGCAGGUCCAAUUCUUCAGAGUGCAGGAUUCUCUGCGGCUGCAGAUGCUACCCGAGUUUCUGUUGUAAUUGGUCUGUUCAAGUUAUUGAUGACAUGGAUAGCUGUCUUAAAAGUGGAUGAUCUUGGCAGAAGGCCCUUACUGAUUGGAGGUGUCAGUGGAAUUGCGCUUUCUUUAAUUUUGCUUUCAGCAUACUACAAUGUACUUGGAGGUCUCCCCCUUGUUGCUGUUGCUGCUCUGCUGCUCUAUGUAGGUUGCUACCAGAUAUCAUUUGGGCCUAUCAGUUGGCUAAUGGUGUCAGAGAUUUUCCCACUUCGCACAAGAGGGAAAGGCAUCAGUCUUGCAGUGCUUACUAACUUUGGUUCAAAUGCUAUUGUUACCUUUGCAUUCUUGCCAUUGCAGGAGUUGUUAGGAGCAGGGAAACUUUUCCUCCUUUUUGGUGCUAUUGCCUUGUUAUCAGUUUUGUUCAUAAUUCUCCUUGUUCCAGAGACCAAAGGUUUGAGCUUGGAAGAAAUUGAAUCUAAAAUCUUGAAGUGAAACUCACAAAGCACCAGUAUACCAAGGAUUAUAUUAGUACUUCCACAUGUAAAGUAAAGAUUGUUUUCUUUCAUUCUAUGGUAUAACUUCAACUUUGUCAAUAUGAAUUAUGUAUGUAUACAAAUGAAUUCUUGUUUAGAAA